AUAAGAGUUCCAAUGCACAUUGCUCUCUUCUCGUUCACGGUGCAUGUGCAUGUAGUCUUCGAAUCGAAUCAGGCAACCCCACAAGCAACCUGUUGCUGGCUACAUUGUAGGUGGUAGCGGAUACGGUCCUGUUUUGACCCUUGGGGUUGGCCAAGUCUUCAAUUCGGGACCCUCUGGAGGGUAUCACCGCUGGCCAGCUACCGGGUACCUCCCUGUUGGAGUGAUAGUGGAAGCCUUGCUGAGUUGUAGUAGCGUAGCACUGUCCCCUCGGCAUCAAUUGCAACUGCUAUCCAGCUACUCGAGUGAGCUAAUAAUUACUCAAAAAUUCCAUUGUACGGUGCCACGAGGACGGCACUGCAGCUUUGUCAUUCUUGCCUAAUCAGAAUGGAACAUGCUGCACAGGAUGCUCUACUAGUACGCUGUACCCUAUCGGAGACAUACCGGUAGCAAUGGCCACCCACUAGCUAGGUAGCAAUACGAAGGAACCAGAUACAGCUGGACGCGAUAACACCUUCCCCCUCCUGGGUCAAUACAUUCUUGACCCUCAACCUACUAGCUAGUACUACUAGUAGUUUUGCCAAUUGCUCGUACGCUAGGUACCUGGUACCUGGUACCCGUACCAGUGCGCGCUUCCACACCUCGAGUCUGAGCUUUGUAAGUCGAGUGACGAGUGUCAGUCGAGUCGAGUCAGUCAGUGUCGAGUCGACCGUUGGCCGCAUAAUCAACUCCCGCGAUAAUUCAUUCCCGCAGCCCACACUACAUCGUGCCGACACUCAUGCUCGGUCGAGAGGGGUGGCCAGAAUUGACUUUGUUGUUGCUCUUUGCGAGUUUCGCACAUCCUGUAGACUAAUGUUAUCCGGCAUGUCGUGCCGGUGUUGCUGAAUCCAAAGCUGAAUUCAAUCUGUUCUGCUUCUUUUCGUCGUCAGUGCGCACCUACCCCAGCGUGCCAGCAUGGGAACUGAAGGAUGAGCCUAAGUAGCAAGAAUGUAAUAUCGCCAAGGCUCUUGGUUAGUUAGAAGGUAUCGCCACAACGGAAACUAGAACCAUGGUAUUUAUAACUUCGAUUAAGCGCAGAUUCUCAGGCCAAGGAUGCCCAUCCCUUGCGAUUUCUUUGCCUAAGCACCAUAAUCGACGGGAUAGCUAGUUAUCCAUCAAUCCGUUUCAACUGGCAUCCACCACAAUUCCCUUGCCACCACAACCGUUCUUUGUGCUUGUCAUCGAGUCUCUCAGAUAGUUUUGUUCCCUGUGCCUUUCCAACAAUGGUGUUUACAUCCCCAGUAGGCGGCUGCUAUUAUGGAGUUCUUAACGUGCUCGAUCCGAGUGUGCAUUACGAUGCCGAUGGCAAAGUUGUGGGCGUCCUGAAGCUGCCCCCAGCUGAACCACGGGGCCAUGGCGGUAUGACCCAUCGUCACCAACAGCAGCACCCGCAGCAGCAGCAAAUGCAUCAACAGCAGCAGCAGCCGCAGAUGCAUCAGCCGCAGAUGCACCAGCAUCAACACCACCAGCUGCAGCAAAACCAGCACAACGUAUCAUCUCCUCGGAACGAGACCCAAGAUUUCCGAAGAGACUCCAGCGAGUUUCGGGAGGUGCAAGAAAUCAUCGUGGUUGAAACUGUGGAGUCGACGCAAUCCCCUCCAGACCAAGAACCACCCAUCAUUCGAGAGUCAAGCGUUGACAUUCUAGAUGUUACGGCAGUAGAGGACCCUGGCCCGGACUUCCAAGUCCUGAAGAAAGUCGACACGUUUCCUGAAGAUGCAGGGUAUAAUGCUCGUCGGCCAGUUCCUCAGCCCAUGCAAGAACCAAUCCCGCUUUUUGAUGCCGAAGAAAUGACUGAACCCUCAGUUAAAACAAUACCGGAGCCUACAGAUGCUGCGGUUGAAAAUGCCAUUGGACCGGGCACAGGAGAGGCACUUGCGGGUACACCAGAGCAGAACACUGAAGGCCCGACGGAAUCGAGGAAUGAAGAAACGGUCGAAGCUGCAGUUGAGGAUCGAGAACAACUCCCUGAAGAGGUUGCACCUACAAAGGAACCAGCCGAAGACAUGGUUCAGGAGGAACCCGCAACUGAGCCCAAUGCUGAUGCCAACACAGAGACCGAAGCAGAGAGAAACACGGAAUCCACAGCGGAGGCCAACACAGAAGCCGCCGUCAACACUUCGACAGAGCAGAGCAGUGACAAACCCGUGGAGAUAGAGGAAGACGACGGCGUGGUAGAAGAACCUGCAAUGGGAUCUGGAGCAAACCCCGCCUUUGUUCCACUAUCGCAGUAUCAGGCCCCAACAACACAGACUGGAGCCACUGUGACUCCACCACCUGCUACCGGACAAGGCACACGUGCAGUAACAGAGCCGGCUCCAAUUUUUGUGGACGACCAGUCCUUGGUGCAAGUCGUUGACUACAGGGAAGCCACCCCACUCUUCAGAGCUGUCAGUCAGAAGAACUGGCAAGGCAUUCUUUACUACCUCCGCACAGGGUCGUUUUCGUUCUCACCGCUGUCGUCUGGAAACAAGUCGGCUAUAACGAAGCAGGCCCAAACCUGGGUGUCCAAGAGGGAUGUGAACGGCAAUGAAUUGUGGCGUCAGCUUCCCUUGCAUGCGGCCAUCUGCUUUGGAGCACCCAUGAAAGUUAUCGAGAAGCUGCUUGAAGCAAAUCGAGAUGCACUUAAAAGCCCUGACUGCUACGGAAAUCUUCCCCUUCAUCUUGCUUUCAUCUUUGAUGCAAGUGAUCACGUCACUGCGUACUUGAUGAAGGCUUUCCCUGCUUCGAUUCACGUAAUGAACUUUGAGGGCCUUCAGCCCAUUCAGUGUUCCAAGGAGAUCUCCAGUGAGAUUUUUCAGUCCAAUGCAGAGCUCUUUGGGGCUUUGUCAGACUACACAAGGGCGGUGGCGGAGAAUGACCCUGAAAAACUCAUUGAACAGCUGCACGAUGUCAAGACUCAAUUGAAAGCAGUCAACGACACACUUUUUGCCCAGGCCCCACCGCGGAAACCAGAGCUCAUCAAAGAAGUAUUUUCACCAGAAGCGGUGAAGCAGCAGACUGCGAUUGUUGCUGACUACGGGCCCGGCGCUUUUAUGAGAGAAAUGGCAGUUGCGGCCGGCAUCUGUUCAGUGGCGCCUCUCGAAGAGGAUGAAGUCCCGUCUGAAGCAGUAGCCUCAGCGCGAAGGAGUUUCCCUCCAAGAACCUUGACAGAAGUCGAAAAGCCACAUCGUCAGGAGGUUGUUGUGCUUCAAGAUGUCCCAACCAGUUACGAGCUCCCACCGUCAUCUCCACAGCAUCAGACGUGUCGAGUGAUGGAGUAUUGCCCAAAGACCAAGAGUUGGAAGGAAGUAUAAGAUUGUUGUAUGUUGCGAAAAGAAAGUUACAUGUUUUGGAUAAGCCAUGUGGAGAACAUGCGGCUGUCUCGCUCCCGAAAGGGCUAGUAUGAAAAAGGAAUGCAUAAUACCCUCCAGUGGGUUUCUGUCUCUUUGUAGCGACUUGCAGUUGUGCAAAGAGUGCGGAUUAGAGAAUAACUACGAGUACGGUAUGGCAUACUUAUAAGUAGUUUUACGUAAAUUACAUGUAUUCACACACC